UUGGCCAGCGCCGUGAGGGCGGGCUCGGCCAGCGGCGGGACGAGCGAGCGGCGGAGCCGUCGCCCCGAGGGGGCACCAAGAUGGCGGCAGCAGAGCAGCGGCUGGCCUGGGAUAUUCCACCAAAAAAUGGCAGUGAAGUAUUUUUCUCACAUGAAAUUUAUGAAAAAUACUCGUUGGCUCCAAGCCUGUCUGAACUAUGGAAUUUAUCAAACAGAGUGGCAAAGAAAAAUGUGGAGGUAUUGGCAAACUCUUCAGAAAACAAACAAGCUUGUAACAUACAGGCUGCAGAUCCACUUGAGGUGGAUGCUAAAUCCACAACUGAUGAUCAUCCUUUUCCAGAACCUAGACUCCCCUAUCCAUUUACUUCUUGUUUGACUGAGAAGGAGCAGAAAACAUACUUAUAUCUGAUGACUAAGUUCUCAAAAAAACCCAACCAUUUUCCACUCAAUGCAGCAAAUCAAAGAGAAUUACUCACGUACAUGCAAAUGAAAGAAGCAGUAAACAAUGAAGUUGCAGAAUUUAUGAAAUUUGCUCAAAAUGCUGCAAAAAGCUGCACUCAAGACUACGAUAACAUCUCUGAAGAUGCAGUACUUUAUACUGAGGAAUUAUUCAGUGCUUGUAUUGGACAUGUGAAAAAGUAUCCUGAGUUUUACACGCUCCAGGAGAUCAUGAGUAUCAUGGGAGGAAAAUUUAACACGCAGUUAACCUUUAGGCUGGAAAAAAAUCUUCUUGUAAUGGGCACAGCAAGAUAUGGUAAAACAUAUUUUCCUACCAUGCCUGUUCAGCUGCCCACAGAUUAUAAAGCUGUUACAUCUUUUGUAACUCCAGAUAAAAAGGCUUCUAUUAUGCAAAAUGAUAUUAGUUCAGAUUCAAAUGCAGAAAAACUUGCUUUGAAAUACUCUCCUCAAGUUGUUUUAAGUAAUCAGUCGUUAUUUACUUUGCUGAAUAACCAUGGACUAAAUUACAAGGAACAGUGGGAAAUUCCAGUUUGUGUUAAGAUGGUCCGUGCUGCAGAUAGCAAACCAGCUAAAGUGGUUUACAUUGACUCACCUCUUCUGAAAAAGGAAAUGACAGUAAGAGAGAGGAACCAAGUCUUCCAUGAAAUUCCAAUGGAUUUCCUAGCAACUAAGAAGUCUUACAUUUCAGUUUCUGAUGUUCUGAUGGACAAACCAGCUGAGGACAAUCUACUUCAGUGGGAAAUGGCUUCUGAUACCUAUGAAUACAGGAAGAUUCCUCUUCCAAAUGACACAGGAAUGGAAUUUGAUGAUGAUGUUACAGAACUGGAAACUUUUGGUGCAGCUGUCAAACUCUCAAGGACUUCUAGAACAGAAAAUACUUCUCCUACAGUUAGUAAUGCUGGUAAAGUUUUGUCACAUGACCUAAAAUUAGGAAAGAAAAAUAUAUCCACUGUAAACAGUGGAGCUGAAGAGGGGAAAACCUCCGUUUCUGAGCAAGGAGUUUCAUCAUAUUCCAACAUACGGUUUCCAUCAUGUGGCGCUCUAUGCUUCAGCCCUGGAGAAAACUCAUCUCAUAAAAGCUUUCGGUCAGAGGAGGUAGAGUUGAACAAAGCACAGCAUGUCAUGAACAAGAAAGGAUCAGACAAUGAAACAAAAUUAAAUGCUUUAUCUAAUGCUGUUAGUUCCAAGAAAGAGUCUGAUGCUGCACAAAAAAAUGAGACAUACACUCCUUUAUGCAGUAGUGACACUGAUGAAGAUCGUUUGAUAAUUGAUACAGAAUGCAAAAAGACUGAUUCUUGCAAAACAGCUGUACCAAACACUGUUUCUCAUACCUCAGCAAGGACUUCCAAGUCACCUUCCCCCACCCAAAAUCCAUCAGCAAGUAUGACUGAUUGCUCGGAAGUCAUCGAUCAGGGAAAAAGUGCUUCCAGAAAGCUAACAAGAAAGUUGUCCAAAGAAUUUGAUCCUGUUGGACAGAUUUUGAAAAUGCAAACAGAACUCCUUAAGUCACCUUCCCGAAAAGGUCAUGAGCAGCCAUUAGUGAGCUGUGAUAGUUCUACUACUAUGCAAGCUCAUGUGCCUCAAUCUCCAAAACCAUCAGUGAUCUCCCAUGCAGAAACUUUGCCAAGUCCUGCCUCAAAUCCCAGUGGCUCAUCUAGGAAUACCUGGACGUGGCUUUUUCAGGGCGUGCCAAAGAGAAAGCUGCCAGAUGAACUUCAAAUGCUUGCGGAAAACCCUUCAGAGUAUAAAGCACCUCAGGAUGGCAACCUUGUGUAUAAGCUAUUCAGUUUGGAUGAUCUGUUGUUACUUGUGCGUUGCAGUGUGCAGAAAGUGAAGCCAUUGCCACAUUCACAUAAAAAGAAAAAAGAUCAAAAGGUUGUUCCAGUAUUCCUGUUGCCAAAACUGGAAUACCAAGCCUAUUAUGGUGUUGAAGCUCUUACGGAAAGUGAAGUGUGUCAGAUGUGGACAGAGAGUAUGUUGCAUUCUGCAUGUUUAUUUUAUAUUGGGCGUAUUGAUGCUUUUACAUCAAAGCUUAUUAUGCUAGAAAAGGUUUCUCCCGAAAUUUUAAGAGAAAAACUUGGAUUGAUUAAGCCUGCAAAUUCAUUAAAUAUACUUCAUCACAUUUUGAAGAAAGUGUCUGAUUUGCAGGAGGGCUCUUACCUAUUGACUCACGCCGCAGGAGAUUCAUCAGUUGCAAUCUACAAGAGUUCUCUUGACAAGGCAACGAGAGCAUCGUAUAACUUACAUGAGGCCCAUUGUGAUUUGCCCACAGUACCUGCCACAUUGUCAGUCCCUUGGGUGCCACUAGAUCCCAGUCUCCCUUUGCCCUAUCACCUGAAUCAUGGCAGAGUGCCAUGCACCUUUCCACCUGCACCUCAAGAAUCCAUGUGGAAACGGAAGAUGACGGGGGUGAAAGGGCAGUUGGACACACCCUACGAGGGAAAGCCAGUAACUAUGGAAACAAAAGGCAGUCUGGCUAAGCCUGUUAGAAAUGAAGGUGUGGCUACAAAGAAGCUGAAGAAGAUUUACUGCAAACAAAAAAUGAAGAAGAAGAAGUGGAAAACGAAGUAAAAUACAGUGAAGUAGGAGUAGCUGAGCUGUGUUAAGUAUGGGCUGGAGAAGGACAAAAUGAAACAAGAAAUGUGAGGCUUUCUUGCAGUUUCAAAGGAGCCAGAAUAAGCUGGCAGGGGACACAGCUCCACAGCCAUGUUUAAAACACUGCAACAGAGUGAAACAGUCUAUAAACCUUAACCCUUUCUUACCUCAGUGCAUACAUUCAAAUUAAUAUCUCAAAUUCA